GAUGCCCGCGAACAUGCCGGCCACCGUUCCGAUUGUGAGCCGUCCGGGUCCAUUUGCGAAGCGGGACAUUGCCCAUGAUCCUCCUACCAACCAUACGAUAACGAUCGCUAAGCAAAGGGCAUACAUGUCUAGCCCAUAUGGGGCCGAUACCCAGGCCGCGGUGUCGAGUGAGGUAUCUCUUAGUGGGCCGGACCGCGCCCGUGCCGGCAGCAAUGCGGAGUCCACUCGCCGAAGCUCCAUUCUGUCAACUGCCAAGCCGCUUCCGCCUGCACCUCCGGAGUUGGCAUCGGCACCCGAUGACAGAAUCGCGCAACUAAAUGCCACCCUCUCGGCAUUGGCUCACCGCAGGGUCAACAUCAACAAAAGUAUCCAGCAGAUGACAGAGCUGAUGCCGCGAGAUAAUCUAAUGGCCAGCACAGAGGUGCUCCGAAAGAGGGAGGUUGAGAAGCAGAAAGUAGAGGGACUGAAACAGGAGCUGGCUGAGAUUCAGCACGAAGAGUACGAUCUUGGCUUGAAGCUGCAUAGAGCUUACAAGCGCCAGGAAAAGGAUGCAGAAUAUGAGGUAACUGGUCUAUGGGUGAGAAGGAUUACAAGCUGAUUGGCGACAUGACUUGCUGGUGCUGAGCCUGGCGCUGAAAAUUGUUUGCUGGUUUUCUUUAUUUUUCUUUGCUGGUCAAGAAACUUGGGUCAUGUACGAGUAUGGGUUGAAAAGAGCAUAGUCUGGCGUAUCAUAAGGAUAUAGGGUCUAAUUAUGAGAGUUGCUUGUAUCAUUUUUCCU